AUGUUUUAUUCAAACAAGGAAAAAAGUGAUAUGCUCAGUUGCUAUAUUGAAAUGGCAAAAAAUACCAGAGCUGCAGCAAGAUUAUAUAAAACCCGAUAUCCUGAUCGUCCUUGUCCAGAACAUACAAGAUUUUAUGUUUUGUACAAAAAUAUGCGAGAAUACGGAAGUUUUAUAAAACCAAAAUGUAGAGUUUCGACAGCCAUUAAUGUCGAUAAUUCAUUUUCGGUGUUGGCCAAAUUGAUUGAAAAUCCUCAUAUAUCUUUGAGAACUGUAGCAGAAGAAUUAAACAUGACAUAUUCUUCAGUUCAAAGAAUUGCCAAAAAAACAUAA